GGAUACAGGAAAUACGGUAAGCGCGAAACCCAGAGGAAGCUCUGUGCCUGGAAGGGACCCGCCGCCAUCUCAGGUCUCGGCCUCGCCGGGCCCAUUGGAGAAAGCUGACGCCCAGUCCUAUAAUCCUUAUGGGGGACCAACCUUGUGCCUCCGGGAGAUCCACGCUCCCUCCUGGAAACCCGCGGGAAACCAGGCCUCCAAAAAAGCGCUGCCUCCUAGCACCACGGUGGGAUUAUCCGGAAGGAACUCCUAACGGAGGUAGUAACCCUCUCCCCUCCGCACCUUCCCCUGCAUCACCUGGACUGAAGUCGCACCCUCCUCCUCCGGAGAAGUAGUAGAAUAUACUUCUCACAUCUCAAACCAGUCUCAGAGGGAUUGGAGAAUGACUCCAUUUCCUUGGUAUAUUCAUAAAAUGGUUCACCCAGUGAGGACAAUGAAGAUUAUGGACACUGCUGCCCUGCUUUUUCUGAUGUCCUGCACCAGAGAGAGAUCACGCGAGCGGGAGGGGCAGAGAGAGAGGGAGAAAAUUUUAAGCGGGCUCCAUGCUCAGCACAGAGCCCAGUGCAGGGGCUCAGUCUCACGACCCUGGGAUCAUAACCUGAGCCGAACUCAAGAGUUGGACACAUAACCGACUGAGGCAACCAGGUGACCCCUGUGUGGUGAGAACUAUCUAUAUAUUCUCAGCAACUAU